AUGUCUUUUAGAGAGCUUCGUUCCUUUGCAGAGACGAUGCGGUUGUUGGGCUACCCCAACCUAAUCAGUAUGGAGUCAUUCCGAAAUCCCAAUGUGGAGUUGGUGGCGGAUUGUCUCUUUUGGCUCAUUAAACGCUACGAGCCAUCCGCGGAAAUUGUGUACGAAAUAGAACGUGAAGCCGAUCGAGUGUUUUUCUUCAAACAAGUAUGCGAGGUGGCUUUGGCCAAGGGGAGGGUGAAGUUGAACAUAAAGAAAUUAUACCAAUCUGACGGGAACGCUGUGCAGGAAAUGCUUAUCUUAGCGAAUGUACUGAAGAAGGCUAUGAAUACGACCGGGCUGGAGGAAAUUGAUCAUGCUACGUUGCAGCAGGUGAUUGCGCAGAGGAAUGUGCAGGAUGCCAAACGUGUGCAGCAACUUUGCAGUGAUUUGACGAACGAUGGAAGUUCGCUCUUUUUUCUCAUCGAAGAGGAAACAGGUCAGAGGGGGGAACGACAACGCGUUCUAUCGCGAGCUACAGAGGUAGGUGAAUUUGAGCGCCGGCUCCGUGAAGUACUGAAGGAUGUGACCACACAAGUGGAGCAACUGCAGGCAUCUAUUGCGAACCUCAGUGCAGACGAGACAACGCUCGAGCAGAAGAUUGAGAGCAAAAAAACCCAGUUGGAGCGAACGCAGAAGCGCCUAAAGUCCCUGAACGCUGUUCGCCCCGCUUUCAUGGAAGAGUAUGAAAAACAUGAGGGCGAUAUGCACUCGCAGUUUGUCAUAUACCUUGAGCAGUACCGUAACUUGGAGUACCUCGAACACGAACUCGCGAAAUUCAAUGCUGCGGAGGAUGCCUUACUGGAGGAACAUGAAACAAAGCUGCGGGUGAUGCGUGAACGGCUGCGCAGGGAGGAAUUAAACGCCCUUCGAGGGGAAGCGGGCCGCAAACGUGGUAGUCGCUCUGAAAACGACGGGGCGCCAAAGAUUGGUGGACAAGGUAAUGGUCCUGAAGGUAAUGGAAGUUCUGCUGGCCCCCGCGUUCCUAAAGCGAGUGGAAACAUGCGCGAUGCUGCUUUAGAAGGCAGCAGUGGAAGUGACUCGAGCGGUGAUUCGCAAGAAGAGGAACAUAUACGCCCACAAGGAGCUUUGGGCCGACCGCGUCCCACAGCAGGACCUUCCACCAACCCACCACCGCGUGCCGGCCCAGAUGGCUACGAUGACUCCAAUGCGGGUGGGAGGUCGGUGCGGCCGGGAUUAUCAGUUCGAGGAAGUUCUCCACCAGACCGCAAUAUGCGUGGACCGCCACCUGGUGGUGCUGGUGGAGGCGGUAUGAGUGAUGUUGACAGUGACUCUUCUGAUGAUGACGAUGAUGAUGAUGACGACUCUGACAUCGAUACUUCAGAGAUUAGCAUCGGUAGUGACGAUUCAGGUUCGGAAAGCAGCAGCGACCUCUAG